GUAGUAGUCUCAUAGUCUAUUGAAUUGACAUUUAACUGUCAGUAAUACUGCAAACAAAUAUUUCGUCAUCACAUUAUGUAAUUGUCCCCGGGACUUAUAAAAUAUAACGAAAUUAUCUUAAUGAAUGCAAUGUUUUAUCAUCUAACGAAGCAAUUUUCUGUUGAUGCUAAACGUGUUAUGACGUCCCUUCAGUUAUACAAGUACCUUUUACGUCAGUGCGAAAGACUACCACUAGACGCAUGUAAACAUUAUAAGUUUGCUGUCAAACAGAGCUAUAAACAACAUAAAUCUGAGACAGAUCCAGAUCGAGUAAAAGAAAUAGUUCAGAAAAGUAUCGAAGAUGCCAACUGGAUUAUAAAUAAGUACACAAAAAAAUGAUGGACAAAGUGAUUGGAGUACAUCUAACUAGAAAAUUUAUAAAAUAUUUCAUUAACUAUAAAUAGAUAUUAUUAAUAUUAACUAUGUUUGGUGAAAAAAUUGAAGAAUAUGAAAUACUUGAGCAUCUCGGAAAGGGUGGAUUUGCUCAUGUUUACCGAGCAAGAUGCAAAAAAACGGGUUUGUUUGUUGCCAUCAAGAUGAUAGACAAAGCUUUGAUGGCAAGUGCAGGUAUGAUAGGACGAGUUCGACAAGAGGUCACUAUACACUCGCGCUUGAAACAUCCUGCUAUAUUAGAAUUGUUUACGUUUUUCGAAGAUGCACAUUAUGUUUAUUUGGUAUUAGAAUUAGCACACAAUGGUGAAUUAGCUAAACAUUUUAAGUUAGGUACACGCGGCCUUAGUGAAAAGGCUGCUUCGGAUAUAUUUAGACAAGUUGUGAGUGGAGUGCUUUACCUCCAUACACACAACAUAAUUCACAGAGAUCUUUCUUUGAACAAUUUGUUACUUACUAAAGAUCUUAGUGUUAAAAUUGCCGAUUUUGGUUUAGCCACUCAAUUGAAUGGGCCUGAUGAAAAACAUGUAACUAUGUGUGGAACCCCUAACUAUAUAUCACCUGAAGUAGCUUCUAGAGAGACACAUGGCUUACCUGCAGAUGUGUGGGGACUGGGAUGUAUGUUGUAUACAUUAUUAGUAGGUAGUCCACCAUUUCAUACCCAACAUGUAAAAACUACUCUCAAUAAAGUAAUCAAUGCUGAUUACAAAAUACCAAUCGAACUAUCUGUUCAAGCUCAAGAUUUAUUGCAGAAACUUUUAUGCAAAGAUCCAUCAAAGAGAAUAACGUUAAAAGGUAUAAUGGAACACCCAUUUUUAAACAAAUGUUUUGAUACAACAAGUAACACGAAACAAGAUUUUUCAAGAGAUUCAGGUUUUCUGACCACUCUACACAGUACACAACACAGUCAAAAACCAAGAAUAGAAGACAAAAGUGACUUCAAUGGUAUAGACUUAUUUAGUAAUCAACAUAAUUUUAAUAAGGAAAAUGUAAACACAAAAAAUUCCUUUGAACAAAAUUCUUAUCAUUUCUUUAAACUUAGAUCACAAAAUAAUUUUGUGGCUUCUAGUAAUGAUCCUUUGAAUGCAAUAAAUGAUUAUCAAAUUCAAAUGAAUAGAGAAAUAGUAUCUUCCAAGUUUGACAAUCCAUGCAAAACUCCUAGUCUUAUAGAAAAUAUGAAAAAAUUAGACAUAAAGUGUAAACAGAGUGAAUCACACAGCCUAGGCGAAGACAACAAGGAAAAUAUGACAAAACCAUGUAUGUUAAAUUCAAAUGCACUAAGUGUUCCGCCUCUUUGUGCAGAUAGAUUGCCUACCAUUUCACAUAGGACGCGAAAUGCUAUUUUAAGAAUAGAACCUUCAGCUGUUGUUGUAGAAUUUAUUAAAAAGAAAGGUAAAGACAGGGAGGAAAAAGUUGUUGAAGUAUGCAAAAUAUCUAAAGAUGGAAUGAAGGUUAUUAUUUAUCCUGUAGAUAAAGAAAGAGAGAAAAAUGUAUUUUCAGAAUAUAACCCAAACCCUGAUGAAGUGUUUUCAUACCACAAUUUGCCACAAAAACAUUGGAAAAAGUAUUUGUAUGCAGCACGAUUUGUUGAACUUGUUAAAGCCAAAACACCUAAGAUAACUCUAUACACAUCACUUUCAAAGUGUCAAUUAAUGGAAAAUAAUACAGACAUUGAAAUGUUUUUUUAUGGUGGGGAAAAAGUGACAUACACAUCAACAGAUGGUUUGAAAGUUAUAGACAAAUAUUUAAAAACACACCAUAAUUCAACAAUAGUCCCUGAACUAAAGUAUCUGUUUGAUCAUUUUGAAGAAUGUUCAAACCGAUUGAAUAGGAUACAAAAUGCACUAUCCUGUAUUCCAGAUGAAUGUUUUCCUUUAAUAAUUGGCAAAAGACCUGUUGCAUUUACAAACAAUGCAACUUCAUCUGGACAAGUAAUGUCAAGUACAGAAAGAAACUACAGUACACCAUUGUUUAAUUUAGGAUCAUUCCACCGAGCUACAACUUGUUCUAGUCGUGCACAAAGUGAAGAUUAUUCAAAAUUAUAGUACAGUAGUAUAUUCUUCUAUGUUUAGCUCUUAAAAAAUUAAGUAUUGUUUUACAUAUAUUGUACAUACAUAGGUACAUUAGUAAAUAUUUUUAUUGUAAAAGCUAAAGCAUAUAAAAUAACAAAUGGAAAUAAUUUAGUACAGAAAAAUGCAAUGAAUCUAAUUCGUAAAGUUUUUAGGACUAAAUUUAUUUUUUUUAAUUCAAUUGGUAUAAUGUUUAUUACAAUUAUUAUAUAAAAGGUGGUUAGCAAUUAUGUAUUGUAAUCAUUUAAUAAAUGUAGUUUAUUUUGAA